UUUAUUUUGUCAAAAUAAAGCUACACUAAUUCUUUUUUUAGAGCAUUUGAUGGUUUACAUUGUGGCAGUUUUGGGAAUAUGAAGUUCAUGACAAGGCUCCUGAUCUCAGGCCAGGAUAUCCUCGUGACUUCCUGUAAGUACUGAAAUGACAGGAAAGCCACUGUGUGAGGUGUGACGUCACUCUUUCUCUUUCACUUAAGUCGAAAAGACAAACUGGGCCUGGCGAGUUCACUUCCAGGCUGAAAACAAAACAACCUGUCCAGGAGAUACCUUAAAAUUUCAUCACAAAAUGAGGCUUUGGCUGGGAAUUUCAAGUAUGAACUGACACCCAGUCACACACACCCACACGCACCCUCAUACACACCAGACACUCAUGCACACAGGCACAAGGUCCAUUAUGUAAUCACAUACUUCCGACUUGACUUUAUUAGCUCGGAGGGUUGUCACUGAGGUGGAGCUAGCUGUGAGUUACAAGGAAAAAGAAGACGAAACUCCAGCAUUCAGAAGUGUUGCCUCCUCGGCUACAUAACAGUCUACCAUGGACAGAAUAUAGUGAUUCACCCACAAUGGCACCUGAACAGCCGAGGUCCAACGCAGCACUGUCCACAACAGCUUUUCCUCAGAACCUUCAAAAAGCAGCUGCAUUUCUGCCUUCGUCAGAGAGUUGUUGAAUUUUUCAACAAAAUGUUGCAUUCAGAAAAUCAAUACACAAGACUGCGGUGGUUUUUAACCAUUGUUGGGCUGUUUUUGUAUGUGAUGGACAUUUGGACAGAUGUUGUACUGGCACUGAAAUAUUUUCAAGAGAGAGAGUUUGUGUGGACUGGACUGACUCUAAUGUUCGUUCUGGCGGGGCUGCUGCUGACGCAGAUCUUCAGCUAUGCCUGGUACAGGGACGACAUGGCAGAGAAAGAAACCAUAUCAGGCAUGUCCAAAGGUGGACUUGCUGCCCUGCACCUACUUGGCAUAGGCAUAUUCACCAGGUAUUAUCAUCUGUUAAAACAAGGCUUCAAAGUGGUUUGGACAAAAACAAACACAGUGGAAGAGAGUGAAGAUGUGCACCACAAGCUGUUCUGCCUGGCUACUGAUCUGAGCAUGCUCAAACUGUUCGAGACUUUCUUGGAGAGCGCUCCCCAGCUGCUUCUACAACUAUACAUAGUGCUGGGCCACGCUGAGUGCUCAGUCUUGCAGUAUUUAUCUAUGGUGUUCUCCUUCCUUAACAUCGCCUGGGCCCUGGUGGACUAUCGCCGCUGCCUGCGCAGAUCCCUCCCCCAUGUCAGUGAGAUGCCCUCUGGCACCCCUACAGCAGUCUACCUCCUCUACAAACUCUGCACCAUCACCAGCCACAUCCUCAGCUACGCCCUCCUCCUCGUACUGAGCACCUACACCACAGUUGGCCUCACCGUCGUCUGGCUGCUGGGGACAACCUGGACUCACCUGCUCCAGACCAACUUCUGCUCGUCAGCAGGCCUCGAGCAUCUGUACCGAGCCAUCAUCGGAGUCAUCCUCACAUUCACCUUUUUCAACGUCAAAGGACAGGACACCAGAGUAGCCAUGAUCAUCUACUACUCCUUCUGUUCUAUUAUUAACGUUACAGCACCUUUGCUGGUGGCCUUUUUGAAGCCAGAGCUGCUACAGAUGGAAACACUUCUGACAGUCAGUUGUAUAAUCUGUGUGUGUUCUGUGCUGGGGCUGGUGUGUCUCGUGCUGUACUACCUCCACCUGCAUCCCAGAGAGAACCGGCGAGAGGAAGAUGAGGUGGACGGCCUGAAAAAGGAGACAGAGAACAUGAGGAGGAUGAGGAGCUUUUUACAGCCUUGAUGUAGUUUAUUUUUUAAAUAACUCUGAAUCCAACUCUGCCAAAGAAUUUGUCAAGGAAAAGAACAAUAGAGCCGGGACAGAGACAUGUUCUCCUAAUAUUGCUUGUUAUUCAUCACACACUAAUGCUGCUAUCAGCUGUCUUACCAUUUUGCGGGGUGAAGUUUCUCACUGAGCAAUUAUGUGCAAUAUUUAUGAAUGUAAUGUCUACAUUUUAUUUAUUUAUUCUUGUUUUAACAGACUUGCUGAUAAAUUAUGUAUUUAAUCUCAUAUUUAUGAAAACCUCAGUGACAAAAUCGUCCAUUAACACUGCAAUAAAAAUCCAAUCUUAGAAU